UCUGUGAACUGCAUCCAUACGGUACCAAAACCCAAAACGCUGAUUAUAAGGAAGGACUCGAAGGAUGAUUUCCACCACUGCCGCCCCCAGCACCGCCAGUGGCCUGAUUCUGCCGCCCUUCUCGCACAGGGAAGGGGAAGCAGAAGGGCGCUGCUUCUCCAGCUGGGAUGGAGAGGGGAGCAGGAGAAGGGAUUGUUCCUCCACCGUCUUGACUGGGGAAGUUGCUAAGGGGCAAGAGACAGAAGUUUCCAUGUCCUGGAAAAAGAGAAAUAAAUCUGGGACCCAUCGGCCUCAAAGCAUCAGGACGAGGCUCCCGUGGGGCUUCGGAGCCACACACGGAGACGGCUCAGAGACCGGGAGGGAGCGGGGGCUCCUCCGCAGUACGGUGAGGCACGGCUCCGCUGUGAUGAACGCAGCCGAGAUCCCGUACUGGGGCUGUUGGGCACAGACAGAUCCUGGUGCUUCCCUUGGGUGCUUUGCUGGUGAUCCUGCACCGGGUCCCGCGGCACGCCGGGGACGGGCUGUCAAACACAAGCAGGACGCGCACGUGUGCUGCCGGAGCCCAGGCGAGGAGAGCCACGUGAGCCAGCGCCCCGAGAAGCCUCCGCAAGAAAUCCACACUCUCAACCUCUGCAGCUUAAAAACAGGAAAGCAACCUCUUGAGCAUAUUUAUUGCUUUAAUUUAAAUAAACAGGUACUUUAAACUUAGGAAAACUUUGCUCUGCAACUCUUGCAAAACCUGAACCCAAGCGAUAGGUACGCAGCUCGAGCACGAGCCAUAAUAAAAUGCUAAUUGCUAUUCAUAAAUUAUAUCGGGAUGCCUGGGACUAUUGAAGAUCCUGGAUGAAGUGUAGUGUUCAAUUUAUCCUGUGCAUGUUGCCGACAGUGCUGCCAGCCUCCUUCUUGUCCCCCUGUGUUGUUUUGUCAUCUCUGUACUAUCACCAAUUCAUCACAAAGGCAACUGAACUCUCCGAUGUCCACCCACCGGGUGACUUUGUCUUCGCUACUCUAUGACUUCUAAAUUAAAUUGUCAAAACACA